AUGAACGAUGGACGCUUUCUAUUUGUUGACCCGCAUGUUGUGCCCUUCGGCGGCCAAGCAGGAGCACCCGUCGGUCAACAAGAUGCAGUAGAUCGCCGCGCAGAGAGCCCAUUCUCAACUUAUGAGGCUGCGAUUCCCGAUAUCAUCUCUGAAGCGAACGUGUACGCCCCGUUUGCAUCGGCGAUGGAGUGGCGAAUUGCUCAAUGGGCGAAGAAGCGCGGGCCCAGUGCUAGUGCCUUCAACGAACUGCUUGGCAUAGAUGGUGUGCUCAAUGCCCUGGGGCUCUCGUUCAAGAAUACCAAGGAGUUGAAUAAGAUCAUCGAUGGGUCCCUCCCCGGCCGACCUGCCUUCGUGCGACAAGUCCUCGAGGUUGACGGCGAGAGGUACGACCUCUGGCUACGCGAUAUCAUGCAGUGCAUCCGCGUGCUUUUUGGCUCGCCGGAUUGGGCCGCAGAUCUGCUCGUGGCGCCCGAGCAGCACUAUUUGGACGAUUCCAGGACGACGCGAAUCUACAGUGAUAUGAACACUGGCGAGUGGUGGUGGCGUUUGCAGCAUAAACUCGAGGCGAAGCGGCUGGGUGCAACUGUUGUCCCAUUGAUAAUCUCAUCUGACAAGACGCAACUGACGAUGUUUCGCAAUCGGUCAUGUUACCCUCUAUACCUCACCAUCGGCAACAUCCCCAAGACUAUACGUCGCAGACCCACUCGACAAGGUCAACUAUUGAUUGGUUACCUCCCUGUGACUCGACUAUCCCAUAUCAAGCAAGAUGAAACUCGCCGCCGCGCUAUCUCCAACCUAUUCCAUGCCUGUCUGAGGGCGGCACUGGCCCCGGCUCGCAAGCCCGGCCGUCGUGGUGUCAACAUGCCGGCAGGUGAUGGUAGAGUCCGGCGCUGUCAUCCAGUGCUCGCGGCGUACGUCGGGGACUACCCCGAGAUUGUGUGCGUCGCUGGUGUCAAGAACGGCGAAUGUCCGGCAGGCGUUGUCGACCCACUUUCUCUGGGGGAACCAGUGCCGUGCACGCAGCGCAACCUCAACGACAUACUGGAUGCUCUCAGUACCCUCGAACGUACUGGUGAUCCCGUCGCUCACGUCCAGGCAUGCCAGGACGCGGGCAUCAAGCCGCUUACCGACCCAUUCUGGAAGGACUUGCCUUAUGUGAACAUCUACGCCUCAUUCCCCCCCGACAUCCUGCAUCAGCUCUACCAAGGGAUGGUGAAGCACGUCAUUGCUUGGACAAAGCAAGCUUACGGUGCGCGCGUGAUCGAUGCUCGCUUCCAAUGCCUGCCCCCGAACCAUAGCCUCCGCCACUUCUCAAAGGGUAUCUCCCACCUCUCCCGUGUUUCUGGGACAGAACACCAAGACAUAUGCCGGGUUCUACUUGGCACAAUUGUCGACCUCCGUUUGCCAGGUGGUCAGAGUUCCGUGCGACUGGUGCGAGCCGUCCGCGCCCUACUGGACUUCGUGUAUCUGGCCCAGCUCCCAGCACAUACAGCGUUGACGCUCUCACAGCUCGAAGACUCCUUGGCGCGCUUUCACGCGAACAAAGCUGUCUUCGUCGAUCUCGGUAUCCGCGACCAUUUCAAUUUUCCCAAACUGCACUCGCUUCAACACUACGUCUCAGGCAUCAAGAUGUUCGGCACGGCGGAUGGCACCAAUACCGCUCAGUCGGAGCACCUCCAUAUAACGCUUGCGAAGGAUCCUUGGCGCAAAUCCAACAGGAAAGAUGAGUACCCCCAGAUGACAACGUCGGUCGUACGACUCGAGCAGAUCCACGCCCAUGCACUCUAUAUUGACUGGAGGCUCGCUGGACGACCUGACGCCCCGAUUGCGCCCGCCGCCAUUCCACACAAGUUCCGCCAGCACGUCACCCGCUAUCCAAUGCACAAGUCCCUGUCUUUCCCCGUCGUCGAGUCUCGCUAUGGCGCCGCCAACUUCCAACAGGUGCUCAAAGAAUACAUUGUGCGUUUCAAGCAUCCCGAAAUAUCAGGCCGCCAGCUCGCAAACAUCGUCUCUGUAUAUAAUCUACCAUUUCGCUCCGUCUCCGUGUGGCACAAGGUGAAGUUUUGGAACCAAGAUGCGCAAAAGCGCAGGGAAGCCCCGGAGACCUUGGAUGUCAUUCACGCUCGCCCGGCGUAUCGGGAUACGCAAGGGCGGCUGGCUGCGGGGCGAUUUGACACUGCGCUGGUCAACGAGCAUGGCGAUGGUGAAUCUAUAGGUGUAUCUGGGUACCGUGUUGCCCAAGUCCGCGUUAUCUUUUCGCUCUCCAAGAAGGCCCGCGAGAUCGUGUUCAAGAACGACGCGAAUGCCCCCUCGCACUUUGUGUAUCUGGAGUGGUUCAGCAAGUUCAAGUCGCGCCCAGAGGCAAAUCACCAGUUCUACUCGGUGAAGCGAUCGUGUACAGCAGACGGGCAGCGCCUCGCCGCCAUCGUCCCGUUGGACAGUCUGCACCGCAGUGCACAUCUCCUCCCUAAAUUCGGCCCCACGAAACCACCUGAGUGGACCAGCGAUAAUGUCCUCGACCUCUGCGACUCAUUUCUAGUUAAUUCCUUCACGGAUAGACAUACGUAUAUUACCGUUGUGUAG